AUGAAGCUCCACGCUCAGGCGCUGACCGCGUUGAUCGCGUGUCUCGGCCUCGGCUGCUUCCACCACGCCCAGGCGCGACCCGCCUCGUCGGCCGGCUUCGUCGGCAUGAACGACACCCACGUCGUCCAGGCCGACGCCGACGGUAUGCUCAUGGGCGACCUGGUCGACGAGCGCGGCGCGGUGCCCGAGCGCACCCGCGUCCUCCUCGACACCCGCCAGAACCCGGGCUUCGACUACGGCUCCAAGAAGGUCCGCGGCGUCAACAUCGGCGGCUGGCUCGUCGCCGAGCCCUGGAUCACGCCGUCGCUCUUUGACAACACGGGCGACAACCGCGUCAUCGACGAGUACACCUUUGGCCAGUACGCCAGCAACGCCGAGGGCCGCCUGCAGAACCACUGGAACUCGUUCAUCACCGAGGACGACUUCCGCCAGAUUGCCGCCGCCGGCCUAAACCACGUGAGGAUCCCCAUCGGCUACUGGUCGCUGGUGCCGUCGCAGGGCGAGCCGUACGUGCGCUCCAACCAGCUCUCGCACCUCACCAACGCGGUCCGCUGGGCGCGCAACUACGGCAUCAAGGUCAUCAUCGACCUCCACGGCGCUCCCGGAUCGCAGAACGGCUUCGACAACUCGGGACAGAAGGGCAGCGUGCGCUGGCCCAACUCGCAGAACAACGCCGACCGCGCCAAGGCCGCCAUCGUCGUCCUCGCCAAGCGCUUCUCGGCCGGCGAGUACGCGGGCACCGUCACCGCCAUCGAGCUCCUCAACGAGCCCGCCGGCUUCGUCGGCGGCAACAUCAUCCCCUACACGAAGCAGUACUUUAUCGACGGCUACUACGCCGCCCGCGAGGUCUUUGGCAACGCCGCCAUCAUGAUCCACGACGCCUUCCAGCCCCUCUCGUCGUGGAACGGCUUCAUGCAGCCGCCCCAGUACCAGCAGGUCCUCCUCGACACCCACAUCUACACCGUCUUCUCCCCCGCAGAGAACGCCAUGUCCAAGUCCCAGCGCCUCGCCACCAUCUGCGGCAAGAUCGACUCGCUCAAGGCUUCCCAGCCAAACCUCUACACCGUCGUCGGAGAGUGGACGACGGCGACGACUGAUUGUGCUGGCGAGCUCAACGGUCGGUUCGUCGGCGCUCGCUACGACGGAUCGUACGGAGGCGACAGCUACUACAUCGGCGACUGCUCCAAGCGCACCGGAGACGGUUCCAGCUUCUCCCAGGUGUACAAGAACUACCUCCGCGACAUGUUCGAGACGCAGAUCUCGGUCUACGAGCGCGCCAGCGGCUGGAUCUACUGGACCUGGAAGACGGAGCGCGCCGCCGAUUGGGACUACCAGCGCGGUCUCAGGGGCGGCUGGAUCACGUACAACCUCAACUCGCGCCCCAACGCCGCUUGCUAG